AAAACUAGAGCAGCAAAAACUAUUCGGACCCUUAUUCAGAAGACUCCAACUGCUUCGACGACAUGGAAAAUAGUGCUGGAGGUAAUGUUUUGGCCAUUCAAGGCAUGAACUGCGUGCUCAUUGGAACGGAUAAUGCGGCCAACGGGAAUCUGUUCAGAGUGCCAGUACAUGGCCGUCUUUAUUGUGGUAUCGAAGGACCAGAAUCUCAUGUUAGUGCCGUACGCAAGCAGAUGACAAUCCGCGUGCAGCAGAUAUCUAGACAGAUGACGCCAGAGGAGUAUACACUGAAUUUGUCCCGUUUCUUGCAAGUCAGCCCGGUACCCUACCAUGUGGACUGCAUUGUGGCUGGCCUCCAACCCGUCACACGGCGUCCGUACAUCGCCACCGUGGAUAUGCUUGGAAUCACAAAUUACAUCGAUGACUUUGUUGCAGUUGGAAAGCUCCGUCCACAGCUUCACGUCAAUUGCGAGGCUCUGUAUAAACGUAACAUGAAGGUGGACGACGUACUGGAAACCAUGGGCAAUACCUUCUUUACGAAUACCGACCCCGAUGUAGUCAAAGAAGCCUUAGUCUUUAUUAUAAGGCCAUGCUUGACGUCAAAUUAAGAAAAUUAAGUAACGCCGUGUGAUUUGAAGAAAAAGGGAUGGCACACACA